UUGCCGGAUCCACCCUCCCAUGUGGCUUUGGAGCCUGGGCCUCAGGAUGGUCUUCUACUCGUCACUUGGCGCCCCGUACCGCAGAACCGAGCCGCUCUGACGACGGCCACAGCGGCCAAUCUCUCCGAUAGUCUGCCGGUACAAGGAUACACUGUUUGCAUCAACGGACAGCCUGUAGCUGAAGUGAAGGGAGUCAUGAGUGAGCCAAUAACCCAUUUUCAGCAAUGCCUCCAUUCUAGUCCACUUUCUCUUCUUGUUAAUAAGCUAAUCAAAGUAGUCUGGAUCUCAUAG